AUGGCACCUUGGGGGCUCCUGGCCUGGGCCACAUUCAGUUGUUCUUGGGCUAUCUCUUUGGAUGAAAUCGAUUAUUCUCCGGAAGAUAUUAUCACUCGGGAUGUCGCAAUUGUGGGUGGUGGUGCAAGUGGCACCUACGCUGCUGUCCGACUCCAGCAGGACUUGAGGAAGUCUGUCGUGGUAGUAGAACGAAAGAAUGUCUUAGGAGGGCACACAGAGACAUACCACGAUCCUGUCACCGGCUCGAUCAUUGAUAUCGGCGUGUUGGCCUUUCAUGAUCUUCCUAUUGUGCAUGAUUUCUUCGAUCGUUUUGAUAUUCCACUGGACAAACUGACAUUCAACUUGGCUGGCCUUGAACGAGUAGACUUUCGAACAGGAAAUCCAGUGACUGUCUUUAUUGACCCCAAUGAGACCCAGUUGGCCUUGUCACGAUGGGCUGCUCAUCUGGCUCGAUUCCCGACAUUAAACGACGGGUUCGUGUUUCCAUUCCCCGUCCCAGACGACCUACUGCUCUCAUUCCGCGAAUUCGUGGCAAAAUACAACCUCGCCGCCAUCGUGUCUUCAAUCUGGUCAGUUGCUCAAGGGUAUGGAGACAUAUUGAGUUUGCCCACCCUUUAUGUGUUGAAAAUCUUUGGCCCGCAUAUCCUUCACAGCCUGUCCACUGGUUUCUUCAGCACCCGUCGGCAAAAUAACCAUCAAGUCUACGAGAAGGCUCUGCAAUCUCUGGGAGAAGAUACCAAUGUUUUUCUCAACAGCGUGAUUGUUUCCAUGGCUCGGGAUCUUCCGGGCUCCUUUGCGCGGGCGGUAGUCAGGACACCGUCUGGAUACAAGUUGUUGCGUGCAAAACAAUUUCUUUUCACCCUUCCCCCAAAGCUCGAUCAUCUAUCCGGGUUUGAUCUUGACGGGGAGGAAAUCAAUCUUUUUUCCCAAUUUUCCAGUAUCGACUAUUACACUGGGCUGCUUCGGGACUGUCCUGUCCCCCCAAACAUUUCAUUGUCGAACAUGGUAGCGGAUCCAUCUACUUUCUACCUACCACGACUUCCAACCUGCUAUACUCUGGGACUUAUCCAGAGUUCUUCCAACCUGACCAAUGUGAAAUUCAGCAGUAACAUCACAACAAUGGGUGUUGGAGAGGUACGAGCGCAAAUCACUGCCGAGGCAAGAACGGUGGUCGCCGGAAGCAGACCAUCGUUGGCCGUGUUGUCAAAUCAUGGGCCAUUUGGAUUGCAGGUCUCAGCAAAUGCGAUCCGACAUGGUUUCUAUCAAAAGCUUAAUCGGCUCCAGGGGCGUCGGCGCUCUUUCUGGACCGGUGCCGCUUGGCAUGUUCAUGAUAGCGCACUGUUGUGGAACUUCACGGAGGGCAUUCUGACACACAUGCAAUUAUCAGACUGCCCAUAG